UAAAACACCACCAAGGAAAGGAAUUAGAACACCACCAGAGUCGCCUAAUCCUAGAGAACUAAUUACUCCAGAAUUGCAUACUCCAGAAGAAACUCCUCGAAGAAAUAUUCUGAGACAAGUCAAUGACUUAACUCGUCAAAUUAAGGACUGUGAGAAGAGUAUUAAGGACUUGAAAAAUUCUAUGGUGACCAAAGAAAUUUUGGCAGACAGCAUAAAUAACGCUGUAAAUCGUUUGACGGAAGCUAAUCAAAACUUAUCGAAGGAAAAUCAAAAGUUAUUGAAAGAACCUGACUUUGACAUAGAUGGAAAGGUCCAGAUUAUGCAAGAUUUUGUAUUAAGUUUCAAUGAUUUUAGUGAAGCAUUAAACGCGACAACAAAUUGUCGUAGAGCUAAAAAAAUCAUGAGAACCAUGUGGUCCAAAGAAGACAAAAAGAAAAUGUUGGUAAAAUAUGAUCCAAAAAAACCGGACUCUACUGUAGUUCAAGAGACUGACUAUGUCAAAAUACUUAAAAUUAUGACAGCACUUGAUGAAUACAAAGUUAUUCCUGUAUUCAAAGACAAUGAUAGAGCGAUCAUUAAUAUCAAAACUUGGGUUUCAGAGUGGCUAAAACAGUCAUAAGAAGAUUAAAUCAAU